CGUCUAAACCUUCGCCACAGCGGGUGGCCUCACGAUAGAGCCCGCCCUGACCCGGACUGCCAAUGCCUCACCGAAACAAUCGACCACAUUUUGUGGGACUGCAGAAAAGCGGAGACGGCAUGGCUGUCUUGGAUCAACAAGUGGAUGGGAUACAAAAUCCAACCAUCUCAAAAAGCAGACCUGCCUCAACUAUGUAUUGGUCGGUGGACCCCUCAUCACACGGACGCGAUGAAGUUUUUGUGGCGAAUAUGGGCAACUGUGACACCAGCUUUACUCUGGAGGCUUCGCAAUGACGCAAAAUUCAAGGAGAAAAUAACCAACGAAAGAGAGACAAGGGCGGCCAUCAAGACUGCAGGAGACUACCAGGCACGAGCGAUUGCUAGUGCAUGGAAACAACAACCGGCAAAGCGAAUUCAAGGCUUAUGUCUUGAA